AUGACGCGUGCGGUGGUGAGUCACAUACCGGUUGCGGGGAUGCCGCAGCUGCAGCUGCAGCUGUUGUUGCUGCUUUUGUGUGGCUGUGCGGCUCCGCGUGCUGCGGCGGUGGAGGUCUUGGCGCCCGCGAUUUCGCCUCCGUCCGGGUGUUACGAGGGGGAGGUGGGCGUGACAGUCACGCGCCGCCAGCCAGACGCCGACACGUACUACACCUUAGACGGCUCGGCUCCCACACGCCGCAGCCGCCGCUUUGUUGACGGCGCGGAGCUUCUGCUUAACAGUACUGGGCACUACGUUGUAAGGGCGGUGGCGUAUGCGGCGCCGACAGUGACCGGUGCCGCGUUUACGGCGAGCCCGGUGGUCCUCGCGGAGUACAACGUGACGUCACCUUCACUGGCCCCACCGGUGGCGACGCCGCCCACUGUUGGGCAGCUUCAACGGGGUCCUUUGGCGGUGACGCUGGCGCUUGCGGAGAACACGACGUCCCGAGCAAACCUGAACAUUCAGCUUCUUGUAACACACCUGCCUUCGCUGUCGACCGCAGUAGCGUUUGACGCGUUGCCGUCUGCCCCACCGGACGGGAAAUGGCGGCUGCACGACGGAAAAGCUAUUCUUCUCGAUAGGCCCGGCACGUACAUUCUGCGAGCCCGGACACAGGAUGCGUCGGUAAGCCCAAGCAAGUACAGCCGUCAUGCAAUAUUUUUGUAUCGUCUGCAGCCGCCUCUGAUGUAUGACGUAAGCACGGAGUGCUGCGAUGAUCCCCGUAGACCUGUUGUUGGACACGUCUUCACCGUGUGGCUCAGUUCUGCACUGUGGCCCGCCUCGCUGUUUCUCAGCAUCUCGGCAAAAGGCUGUGAAAAUGAGCGACACAUCCUUGAUGAUACCGGCAAGGUCCAGGCGGACUGGCGACAAGUCGCUUUUCCCUUUAUCACGUACACGGAGCCACAGCCAAGGGUCUUUGUGUGUGUUAAGGAAGAAGGUUCGCCAGGGUACGUCGCUGUGCCACGCCGGAUACCUCUUGCGGAGCGCAACGGCAGCGUAGAAAAUUCGUUUGCGGUGGCGCCAAACAUGCAUGGGGUGAACCCUAAACUUGGGCGGGACAGAGAGGGGGCCAGGCCGCCACCCUGGCUACAUCCAGUCCUCCCCGCAUCCGCUUCGAAGGCCCAUGCCAACACUCAACGUGAAUUGGGGUGGAUAAUUGCCGUGACUGGAGCCACUGUGCUGCUCGCCGUGACGCUAUAUAUGCGUGGCCGCCAUCUCUGGGGCCACUUCUUUGGAGGCAGCCCCCGCUUGAGUAGAGGAACAACCCACCCAGACGAGGUCCAAUGCCCAACUAUAAAGUAA